AUGGAAUUUCAUGAGAGUAACAUUUGCAAUCGUAUCUCUUUCUCUCUUAUAGAAAAAUUCACGGACUGUUCCCAAGCCCUUUGCAAGAUCGUCUUUGACAUCGUCUGUCCAUCAGAUAGCCUUAGGAUUCAGCCACGGCCACCACCUGGUGACUGCUGCUUUCAACCAGCGACAUGCCGUUGCGAUUUUGCAUCUUGUCCCGACAUGAUGUGUGGUGAUGAGUACAUCAAAGUGACAGUCAGGGUGGCUACCGCCCAGCCAGGAAGUUGCUGUGAUCAGUAUGAGUGCAAACCUAAAGCUCUAGAUGUUGGACUAACGUCUGCGUGUGACGGUGUGGUUUGUCCAGACGUGUCAACCGAGCCUUCAGUCUGUCCCCCUGGCACCAAACUCAUUCAAGGAGGGCCUACAGAGGAUGGGUGCUGCACCAUACCAAGCAGGUGCGAAUGUGCACCAGAAAGCUGUGAGGUGCCAACUUGCUGGCCUGCCUUCUCCCCAAAGCGCAUUGCCAUGGCAACGCAGGAAAUGGGCCAUUGCUGUGACAUGUAUGAUUGUGUGGCAGUUGAAAUAAUUCCCAAUUGUAUUCACGAGGACAUGUUGUACAUGGAGGGUGCUACAUGGAGUGUCGGUAACUGCAGACAUUGUACAUGUCAUGACAACCAAGGUCUGUGUGAGAUCACCCAAUCCUGCUACGCUGAAGAGAGUCUCAAGAUGUGCUACCUCUUCUUGGGAUCGCGGCGGCCGGGGGAGGAGUGGCAAGAGGACGACUGUACGACCUGUGUCUGCCAAGACGGCGAAGUGAGGUGCCAUACGGCGAGCUGCAUCACCAAUUGUCUGAAUCCAAGGAGAAUGGAAGGAGUCUGCUGUCCUGUUUGUGAGGAGCCAACGUUUGUUACCAUAGCACCAGUGGAUUGUCCGGAGACAAAGUGCUUGCUGCCGUGUGUCCAUGGCUACAUUUAUGACAGUCGGGGCUGCAUGACGUGUGAAUGUAUCGCUGGUACACCUGGUAUUCUGACAACCGUUACACCACCAACCAUAGUUUGCCCAGCAUUAGACUGUGCUCUGGUGUGUCCAAUGGCCCUCAAAAUGGACACCAAUGGUUGCAGAGUUUGUGAAUGUGACAAGGAUUCUUGUCGAGACGUGACAUCAUCAUGUCCAAAGGUUUGUCCCUGGGGUUAUCGGACAGACGACAGGGGCUGCAGUAUCUGCAAAUGCCAACGCAAGCAGGCAUGCCCAGAGACGGAGACCUGUGAUAAGACGUGUCUAUACGGAUACCAGACUGGACGCAACGGGUGUAUGCGCUGUAAAUGUCAGAACUGCCCCGCCCUGUUGGACUGUAGCAAACAGUGCACACAUGGACUGGAGAGAGAUGACAGAGGAUGCGAGAUCUGUAAAUGCAAAGGUGCCGCUCUGCCCACUCUCCGACCAGUGACAUUGGGAUCCUGCCUGACAUUGGAUGGCCGUAUCCAUGAUGACAGCGAAAUAUGGCACGACGGUUGCCGGGAGUGUUUCUGUCACAAUGGCAAAGAGAUGUGUUCCUUGAUAUCAUGCCCUGUGCCUGAAUGUGUACAACCUACCAUCAAGCAGGGUGAAUGCUGUCCCACAUGUCCAGGGUCCGUAGCCGUCAUUCCAGACCACACAGUAAAUCACAAAGUGUGUCAAUCAGUGCGAGGGGAAUACUACAUUGAUGGGGAAACGUGGAACGCAGACUCCUGUACGGUGUGUGUUUGUCACGAUAGUCGUGUCCUCUGCUCCACGCUGACGUGUCCUCCAUUGCCCUGCAACCAGCCUGUCAUUGGGGAGGCAGGAUGCUGUCCGGUCUGCCCAGAGAACACUCUGAAUGGCUCAGUGACCCCAGACGACAUCCGACCACCAAGCAGCUGCCAGAUGGUCAGCGGAGUUUUCUUUGAGUCUGGAGCCUCGUGGAAGGAAGAUGACUGUACAAGCUGCACCUGCCAAGAUGGUGAGAUCACCUGCUACUCACAGGUCUGCACGCCGGUGGACUGCAGGGUACCAGUGCUGAAGAAGGGACAGUGUUGCCCUGCGUGUAUGGGACCAGCUCCAGUCUCGUACUGUGAAUUUGAUGGAGUGACGUACUCGGAUGGGGAGACCUGGAAUCUAGACCAGUGCAUUCACUGUAUGUGUGAGAACGGCAGGACGGGAUGCGUGGUACCAGACUGUCCCGAUACGAGCUGCAGUAAUUCUGUCAUAUUGCCGGGCGAAUGUUGCCCUCGCUGUCCAAAUGAAACUCCCAGAGGAACCGAGGAACCUGUUCAGAAUAACGAAAUACUUCCAACAAUGGCAGACACACGACCCAAAACCCAAAUAUCAAACCAUUUGCCAAACGGAUAUGACAUUGAUACAGAUUCCAAAACAACUCUCGGUGGCAACGACUUAUCCUCAACUCCGUCUAAACCAUUCCCCGUCCUGGCGGUCAUCUUCUCCAUCCUCGCUGUAAUUCUUGCCAUCUGUAUCGUUCUAAUCAUGCUCCUCUACGUCACAAGAUGGCGACACCGCCUCCUCUAUCAGGUCACCAAGAAAGGAGCCCCGCCCCCAAAGGUCAUCACCACGGCGGCGACCAUCAAGACCAAGAACCUUGAUAUUAAGAACAGUAACCGAGACUCGGUCCGCGACUCAAUGCGGGAUUCCAUCAGAGAUUCGGCCAUUUUUAAGGAAAACAAUGUGCCGCGGAGCAAUCUGGAGUUGGGCACGGACGUCAAACGAUUAGGUGAUUACACAAUAGGUAAACCGGUACCCGUUUGAUAAGUACCGGGAAAUUUUUUAACUUGUGGACUAUCAUUCUUUUGUAGUUUAAAGAAAGAAAAAAAAAAAAAGUUGACAGAGUUUAUUUUGCAUUUUGGGGUACUUCUUCUAGGGAGAGGGAUAUUCUUUUAUUUUCCAGUAGAAUUGUUUUCAGUUAAUAAUUUGAGAAAUCCUAAGCGCACAUAAGUAUGGUUCAAUUCAAGCAAACAAAUGAAGAUAAUGUAUUGAAAGCCUUUUGAAUUGGAAUUUACUUGCAGUUUAAACUAUAAAAUAUGCAAUUAUUUACCUAUCAAUACAAGUUUGUUCAAAAUUUAUAGAAAGCUUACAAUAUAUAAACUAAAAUUGGGGUUGAAAUCCAGACCCCUAGAAGAGGACAACUUUGUGGCAUAGAAAUAUGAACAAUGCCGUUAGUUGUGCGCAGCAAUACAAAAUGACGAUUAGGUGAUUUGUUGCUGGUUGCAACACUACUAAAGAUGGUGAAAGUCUGCACAGAAUCAGUUCACAUCCCAAAUACCAAUGAAUUUGGACAGCUGCAGUGAAAACAUACCAGGGCUAAAUGGCCAGGGAUAUGCAUUGUCACGGUGUGUGCAUUGUUAUUCAGUGUUUUGCUGUGUGUCAUGAAAGCACACUACCAGGCUGGAUGAUCUACAUUUUGAGGGAUUAAUACAAACAAAUAAUAACUUGCAACAAACUCAUAAAGAUAUUAUGUAUUAUUAUUUAUUAAUUUCAUACAUUCAGCCCCCAGAAGGUUUGUAAAAAAAAUACCACUUUGUGUACUUUUAAAAGACAUCCUAAAUACUUGCAUAAAUGUCAAAGCUUUCAUUGAGAAAAUAUUUCUCUUUUUGGAACACUUGGUCAUUUCUUGGAAGUUUUUAACAUUAAUCCUUCUAAUAAGCCACAGAUGUGUUUCCAUUAGAACAAUCCGUACAAAAAUCAAAUUGAACUUUUCUCUGUUUAAUGUUUGAGUGUAGUGGUAGGGUCUUAACUGGCAGUAGGGUUGAGACUAUUGCCGUACAUCUGUUGUAUCUCUGUUCCCACUAUGCAGUCGUUUCAGUUACCUUGACAUGAUGUCUGUAAGCCAUGCCACAUCGUUUCCUUCAAUCCAGGGCAUAUUCUGGCAGACGAAACACUAAACUGGUCAUGUGAAGAACUUUACUGUGGGUGUCAUAGUAAAAACAAGAAUUGUGAAAUAACCAGCCGAACAAGUUUUGAGAUGUGCCCUCUAAAUUUCAUCAUAUCAGAAUAUUCAUACAACUGCAUAUACAGCUUUCAUGUUGGGGUCAAUUCAAAAAGAGAGUCCUAACUAGUGCUAUGACUCUUUAGCAGUUAUUAAAAACUUAAGGCUAGCCCUAAGUUAGGACAAGAUCC